AUGGCAAGCAUAGACCCUACCAGAGCUCUGUGCUUCAUCAUUGAGGAGAACUUUGACCAAAAGCAACUGCUGCGGGAGAAGUGUGCUAUCAUUGAAGCUCUACAAAACCAAGUUCACGAACUCCAGCUCGGUAAUGAACUCCAGUAUCAGACGAUCCGUACCCAGCACAAAAUAAUCGAUGGAUAUCAGGCUGCAGAGACGAGAGAUAAAGCAUUACAGAAUUCCAGAAGUGUUGAAUCUCUUAAUUUGGAAAGCAACAGCCUUGGCUCUGCCUGA